UUCAUUCAAUCUGUUGCUCGAAGUUGGACUCCCCAACUCAUCCAUCAGAUCGCGUGACGUCGACAUUUUCCCACUUUCCCCUUCCUCUCCACCUCACCCCACCUACCGGGCUCGGCGACGAUGAGCCGCAGACUUCGAGUCCCAGCAUCUUCAAUGAGCUGGGCUCGUCCACUUCUCGUCCCGGUAUUCCUUAUUUCUCUGGCCAUCCCGAUCAUCGCAGACCCAGCAACCCUGCCAUUCACCGAUUGUUUCAAUGGCAAUGCCUCGGCCAAGUUUUCCAUUGACAAGGUGUAUGGGCAGGUGUUGACGACGGACCAAACGGGGACAUACCUCAACCUCACGGUGAUAGGGAGCAGCCCUCAGGAGAUUUUCGGGUUUGUGGACUCGAGUUCUAGUCUCGCCACCCUUUUCACGACAACCACCGUACUCACGCUUAACGUCUGGUCGAAUAGUUCGUACCUAUGUAACACCAUCCGACCCGCAUCCCCACUGCCCGUUCUCGACAACAGCACUGCCAACUACUGUCCCAUCCAGGCAGGCCCUUUCGCUCUGUCAUCGACCAUUCCGUGGGGUGAGCACCGCCACCUUACGACGCUGAACACCAGGCUGCGUGCCGUCGACCCGUUCAGUAACGAGCUGCUGUGUCUCAGCGUCAACACCACACCCCUCACACCUACGGCGGAGUCGCCGUAUGGCGUCGCUCGGGGGAUAUUCUGGGCCACAGUGGGCCUUGCGAUGGGAUAUUGGGUCAUUAUCGGCAUCGCACGGCUGGUCUCUGCGUGGGGCCGCGGCACGACGAGACCGGGCCGGUCGUUGUGGGCCAGGGUGCAGAGUGCUGGUUUCAUCCUUGCGAGCGCAAUCAGUGGCGAGCGGUUUGCGACGUCUCCGGCGCUUAUGCGGUUUAGCACACCUUGCAUGAGGGAUGUCAUAUUCCAUACACAGUGGUGUGCGGCACUCGCGAUGGUGGCCGUUCAAUGGCCCGACUUUGCAUAUCCGUUGCUAGCCCAGACGUCCUGGGCUACUCUGAGCUACAAUAUCACACUAACGAAUCAUUUCCACUGGAAUCCCCUUUUCACGUUACCUUACGACCCUCCAUCGACGUUCAGCUCUCAACUAGCUGAUCCCACUUCGGCGAUCCAUGUCAAUUCAACAGCUCCGAAUAUUCUGUUCACGCUGCCGUCUAAUGCGACAAUGGGCAUGUCAAUGUUCGCCUACACAAUUGGCGUGCGACCACGGGACCUUUGGGGUAUCUGCAUGAUCCUCUUUCUCGCCAUUCUCGCUGCAACAAUCGUGCUCUCCGCCAUCGUCUGGUUCAUCGAUUUCAUCGGCGGAAUCGGCACUGGCACGGUCUCGCGACCUGGACGCCGGGCGCGCAGUCCCGGCCCGAAGGAGCUUGAGAUGUCUGCCGAGGAGUCGAAAGUGGCCAUGUUCCGACCCUCUUCUCGUCUGGCGCUGUCCGGAACGUUCGGUAACGGCACUUCUUGGUAUCGGAUUCGGACAGAGAUGAGCUCGUUCCACUGGAGUGUGCUGGCUGGUAACCUGGUCCGGAUCCUCGUUCUGUUCCAUCUGCCCAUCACGAUCUUCUCGUCAUUCCAAAUGACCCAGAGUAACGAGUUGAUGCGUACCCGAGCUCUGGCAGCGCUGUCGUUCGCGUUCUGUUCGGUGGUGGUCCCGGUGUACCUCGUGAUUCGAGUGACGCUGACGACGACGAACAAGCUCUAUGACGAGACCCGGACGUUGCUGGCUUUUGGCCCGCUUUAUAAUCACUACCGACACGGCAGCCAGCUAUUUGCGAGUCUGCUUUUCGCUACAAAUAUCGUGUUCGGUGUUGUGAUUGGGGCGGGACAGAAGAGUGGAACUGCGCAGGCGGUCGUGAUCCUCGUAGCGGAGGUUGUGUCUGCGCUCGUUACGAGCAUCUGGUUGCCUUGGGGUACCGGAGCCAGCAUGGGAUUGAUCAGCUUUCUGUUCUGCGUUGCGAGGAUUGUCGUGGCUGUGCUUCUUGUAAUUCUCACACCGGCGAUAUCUAUUGGUGAUGGUGCUGGUGCUUGGGUUGCCUAUGGGAUUCUCGUCAUUCUCGCCCUCGUGUAUCUGGCUCUGAGUUUGAUGCUACUGAUCAAGCUUAUUGAAGGAGCGGUUCGCAUCGUCGGCCGUGUAGGGUUCGACCGAAGCAACCACGCUGUCGACAGCGGUCUGCUCGGUGCCUGUGGUUUGCUGGGAUGCUGUGGAGCCCGAAAGCGACACCAUGGGAAAUCGCGUAGCAGUCGACCAUCUCGUGCCGAGACUGCUCAUUCGGAGGGUUCUACAGUUCUUCUCCCCCCGGCACCUCUCGAGUCUUCGAAUGGCAAGGGCUCGAUCCACUCGCAACAUGUCCCGUCUGUUUUACGACCAGAGCACGCCCUGCGGCCGUAUCGGGAAGAGAGCGAUGACGAAAGCGGCUAUAUCAUGGGCGCCUGGCAGCCGUUCCCGCGACCUGGGUACCAGGUUGUCAAGGACACGGCGCCCUCCUCCGGUUUCUCCAGGGUCGGCGGCGGUCGAGCACACAUUGACACGCCGUAUGCGAUACAGUCGAAGACUGCGUUGGCGUCUUCGUCGUCGACCCCGACUCUGGAAUGGCCCACGAUCGACGACGACGAAGCCCCUCCCGUCUCAUCUGUCAUGCGCCCGCAACGCUCAGAGACUAAUGUUCCGCGUGGAGCGAUGCUUCCGCAUAUGAGAACGAAAUCGCAGACCGCCAUCAUCGAAGAUGCCACCCCUCUUGCAGCAGUAGCAACACUCCACCCAGUGUCAGCCGCAGAUGAGGACGACGACGAUGAUGACCAUUCGGAUGUAACACAGCGGAGGAAGAAGCCGUGGUACCAUAUCCGGCGACAUCGACCCCACAGCGAUGGCGCGGCCCCGUCCUCGUUUCCGGCAGCAGCAGUGGAACAGGCUGCGGCUGCGACUUCAGAUGUGCCGGCCGGGAGGUCGUUUGUGGUCAUCAGGAAAGGGGGCCAGGCCUCCCCCGGCAGGUCCGCACAGUUGUCGAUGCCAACGGAUACUCGCCCUGCUUCCAGUGGAUGACGAUCUACCUGUAAUAUGUACUGUUUAUUCUAUGGACCAUCGAUCAGUUCUGCUCUACUACGAGAUCGUGUCGCUCACGAUCCACCCUUUGAACGCUGCUCAGAAUCUUCAUGUUUGUGUUGGAGCUGAUCACGUGCAAAGUCUCCGGUCCUUAGUCUCACAGCGAUGAGUCGAUUGGUACAACUCCGACGAUCUCGCCCUUACGAGAGGCAGUCAGAUUGACUAUAGUGGCUGAAGAUUCGCCACGGCGAAUCCUCCUCGGGGAAGUCGGAGCUCGGCGUGAGCUGUGCCACCGGUCGAGGACCGACACAGCGUGAAAGGGAUUGCUGACGAUCGCUGUUGAUCAUCGCAUCUCAAAAGUAAUUAUAAUCGCAAUUUGAAAAUACAGUAUACUAGGUUUGCGCAACCGUGCUGGGUAUACUCAAUAACUAACACUCGCAGUACAAUCUCUGCUCGCUCAUGUACCAGGCUGCUUGGUCGGAGCGCGAGACGAAUGGUGAUUGCUUCCACAUGUCGGAGGCCAUGAAGAUCGUUCCUGGAUACACAUUUUGUUCGACUCGAAGCCCAUGUUCUGCAGUGUGCACGGAGCCUUGCUGUACCGAAAAUACGCGACGUAGUCUGGGAUGGUGAGCAGAUGGCAUUUGUAAUGACUUGCGGGGGAUCUCCGACUCAGACUUUUGAUGAGGCGACCGUCAAACAGAAGUGAGUGUCGUUCUGGUCGGCAUAACACAAGAUACCGUCGGUUUGAGGAGCCUACCAAGAGCGCACUGGAUUGUUCCUUCUCGGUUUGAGGGACAAUAGGCAUACUGUCCGGAAUCCGGAUGCUUGUGCGAUAGUCGACGUAGAUGGCGGUCGGGUUCAAGUCGGGUCUCCCGGUAUGGAGCACGUGGCAUUCAGGAGGGCGUGCGAAGAGUGGGGGAGCAGGCGGGGAGUUCCCCUACCUUCCCAGCUGGCGUCACGUUCUGCGCCAGACAGUGUUCAAUGUGGUCGUGUAGUGAGUAGUGCUGUGCAGUACAUAGAUUGCCUUUCAUCGUAUAAUACAGGUACAUAGUCGGCCAUAGGUCAUGGUUGGAAUACAGGGACGGCCGUGCGAGUAAGUACAAGCACGGAUCAUGCUCGACGCCGCAGCCCCUCACACGAUUGCUCCGGAACAUCUGCGCAUUCACAACUUCGCUUUCAUCAUUCCUUCCUCUUGCACACCAUUCACCAGGGUGCCUAUUCCGUUCCCCAGCGACACAGUGACCUGGUCCCCAUCCUUGAGAUACAAAGCCGGCUUCCGUGCGAACCCGAUUCCUGCUGGGGUGCCGGUGAGAAUGAUGGAUCCAGGAGCGAGAGUGGUGCCCUGAGAGAGGUAAGCCACUGUCUGGGCGACAUUGAACACCUGCUGAGAGGUGUUGCCAUCUUGCACAAGCUGCCCGUUCAGCGUGCACCUGAGCGGUAUCGUUUGGGGAUCGGGAAUGGCAGUUGUGGAGACGAGGCAUGGACCGAGUGGGUUAGAGUCGUCUGCAAGAGUUGAUCAGCUUCAUCGCUCAAGGGGGGUUUCCCGUACCAAAGUUCUUUGAGAACGUCCACUGCGACACCAAGAACUGGUGUUUCCGAAAAGACACGUCGUUGGCGCCGGUGUAUCCGAGCACAUAGUCAAGAGCGUCGGUUACUGACACAUCGCGGGCGGCCUUUCCAAUCACGAUCGCCAAUUCGACUUCGUAGUCCGGGAAAUGUUCUGCGACCGGUUGUGCGGCCUUUGGUAUCACGAUAGGCGCAUUCGGUCCAAUGAGGGACGACACCGGCUUCGAGAAAAGCGUCGGGAAGCUAGAAGGGCGGGUUCAGACACUGGCGGUCGGAGCGCAAACCACGCACGGUGGAGGGGGCAAGUUGGCUUCGGCCUUGUGCAAGUGUGAGUCUCUGCGGUGCGAGCGCUGCUGCGACAUACAGCAUGGUCUGCAUAAUUGAGGCCCAGGCACCGGACAUAGCCCACUUGCUCACGGGACAGCGGACUCAGCAGCUGUUGUACGGUCAAGAUGCGCUCGGUGACCUGAGCGGCGGGGUCCAGGGCAGACCCAAGGAUCUCGAAGGCCCGGAUAGGCGUGCCUUUCGAUGCUGCGAGACCGACUAGAAGAGUCAACAUCACUGGCACACCGCUGACAGAACCGCUCACCAUCUAGCUUCGGGUCGACAGGUUGACCGAUGUGCACUUGCGCCGUUUCCGCAGCGACAAAGCGGAUGAGUCGUGUCCACUGCUGACCAGGACGUCAGCCAUUCGCCCGGUUACGGAGCAACAAACGCACGGGGUGGAUGGGGGACAUGGAGGUAAUCGCAGGUGGAGUUAGCGGGAGCAGCCUUUAUAUAUGUCGUGCACCGUGAGACUCGGUCCGCGGAAGAUCGCAGUGAUUUCGGGUCCCCGCUGAUGAGAACUUGGGGGGUUCAAGGAUGAUCCGAAUGUGUGCUAGCCGUGCGCCACUGUCCACACUCAUUAAACCGAGUUGGCUACAUAUUGGCCUGGAGAAUGGAGAUGGAUCCGGGUCGGACCAUUGACUGGCUGAAAUCGCAUGCGGACGUGAGACAAGUGGGAUUGCCAGUUGAUCAUCGACGUCGUUGACAGAGGACACGGUCACAUGACUCGCUUAGCCCUUGCCGAAACUCAACCACUCCCGCCAUCUCCUCGUGGCAUCGCAUUUUUUAGAGCUCAGCCGAUCGUGUCCCUUCUCAUGAGCGAGAAGCUUGAAUCCCUCAAGCGAAGAUUAGAAGAUGUUCUUGAUGACCUCUCCUCCCCACGGAGUACCAGCAUCGACAAGACCGAGGCAUUGAGAAGCUUGGAGAGGAUACUGGCUGCCGCGUGUGCCCGCACGAACUCCGACGAGGAUCGAGACGUUUUCAUCGCACUCCAAUACACUUUUGAAUGCAAUGUAUCGACCAAGAUCCUCAGCUGGAUUAUGGCCUCGACCUUCGCUCUCGAAUCCUUGAUAUCUCAGGGGGGCGUCGACACGGAGAGACGAGCGGAGAUUUCGGAUAUUACCGCCCAGCUAUCGCUGGCUCUCUCAAUCCUCCAAGGCGUUUGUCUCAUUCACCCUGCAACCAAGGCAUCUCUCGGCCGUCGAUGCGCUUUGGAGGUUAUACUUGAUCUUUUUCUCGCAUCCCGCCACUUAUCACUGCCCGAAACCGCAUCGAAAGCAAACGUUGCCAAGGCUCAGCCACUCGCCAGUGUGAUUCUGGACACACUGUUGUGUGUGCUGGUCGACUCGUCGCCCGCGCUGCGUCUCUUCGAAUCGUGCCAAGGCGUUCACGCCGUUGUGAAGAUAUUGAAGCGGGCAGGGACUCCUCGGGAAGUGCGAAUGAAAUGUCUAGAGUUCCUAUACUUCUAUCUGCUAGACGAAACAAACGUGUCUCCUGUUUCAGGGCUACCUUCAGUCACCAUGCACAAGGCACCGAUUGACUCGGCCCCAUCGACCCCGAGACCAUUGCCUCGGCACCCAUCCUCGCACAAGCCUUUCAUCAACGCGGUUCCCAGUCGCCCUCCCUCCCGAUAUGGGUCCUCCACCUACUCGUUCUCAUCCGGGUCCACGAGUUUCGACAGCUCGCUGUCGUCCGGUUCUUUUGACACGACGACGACCUCGUCGUCGUCAUCGCCUUUCUCGUCAUCGCCUUCAUCGAGAUCCACGUCAGGAAGCUCUUUCUCCUCGACGACCUCAGCAGUGGGCUCCGUUUCUCCGAAGAAGCGAUCUCAGUUCCUGCCCGGGGCUGGGCCCUCUACGCCGGGCCCACCUUCGCCGAAAAAGCCCAGCUCGGCCCUGCCCCGCACGCCCGGCCAGGCCCGGCUACCGAAUGCUCUGCUGAUGCUGAGGAAGGACGUGGAAUUUGUACCCCAGAGUCCCAAGCGACCGCCGGGUUCUUCGUCGAGCAAGGGGACGCUGCAGAUCAGGUCACGACUGGGAUCACUGCGGCCGGAGGUGGUGACUUCGGAGGAGAGCGACGGGGACUUGGAAUCGGGAUCGGAGACGGCAUGUGAGUCGAGCAGGGGUUCUGAUACACGGACGACGGAAGAGAAAAAGCGAUUGUUGGGGACGAUGCUCGGGAAUGUCGAGGCCCUUGUGGAGGGCGUGAAGAAGGCCGGUAUAUGGGGCCUUGGCUAGCUGGUGACCUCUGAGUGCCGUGUCUAGGGCGAUAGAGACUGAUUCUAUUAACAAGGAUUGGUUCACAGCAAACAAGUUUGUGUAGACUACGGUAGUACAGCACUGUAGUGUUUUGGAGGGCGGAGUUGUUCUUGCGGCCACAGGGUGGGCUGAAGGUGCGGAUUGGAGCUUGUGUCGUGGAAUGGCGUUCAUAUCCCGUCUCAUGUGUUCAGUGAGGAUAGAAGAUGAAUCCAAAUGAUUGUGUGAUUCACGUGUAUCGCGCAGAAAGUUUGCACGUGAGGACUUCCGGCCGAUGAUCCACCUCCUUCAGCAUUCCUCUUCUCGUCGCCUCAAAGUGAAUCCAUUCCAUUUCUAUCCAUCGGCGAAACACGGUGAACUGGCUGGAUGACGCCGACGGGGCUCGCAAUCAUGUGGACAGAUAAACACCGCAAUCUCGGUGUUUUUUUUGCUCCCUUGCACUCUCAUCUCUUGUCCACCAGCUGUUGUUCUGCACAACUCGCGGAGGUCUUCUCGAAACUAGAUUCUAUUUGACAUGGACCUCAUUCAUGUAGUGGAUCAGCUCCCCCGUCGUUUCUAUAGUCGAUUGAACCGACGUUCCCGGGGUCAAUUCGUCUUUCAAAACUCGCAUGGUCUUCCCCCUCAGCGCGCGGCACCAGCUGUGCUAUUUUUAUGCACUGUACUGCAUAGAUAUUGAAUUAUGGCCUACUCCUCCUUCCCCGCCGAACUGAGCUGCUUUCCGACGGCGUCGUCAGCUACGCUCACCCUCCUUUCUCUCGCAGUGCUCUCCUCUGCAGCUGCCGAGCUCUCUGCCACCCGUGUCAUGCUCUCUCCUGGAGCUGGAGCGGUGAGUCGUCGCACCCUGUUGAGGGUAUCCUGAUCGCACAGUUCAGCGUGCCAUUCAUCGGCAAAACAAGGCGCAGCAGCGCGAAAGUGGCAUCCCUCGCGGCGGCUCGGGGCGGCGACAAGACCAAGACUACGCACCUGGACGGAUCGGACUUUGCAGAGGAAUACCUGACGGAUGUGACUAUCGGCGGUCAAACUUUUCCCAUGAUCGUCGAUACUGGAAGCUCCGAUACCUGGGUUGUGCAGAAGAACUUCAGCUGCUACGACUUGCAGAGCAACCCCGUCUCGCAGGCCUCUUGUGGUUUCGGCUCAGACGGCUUCGACACUUCGGCUUCCAAGACAUUUCGGUCUUUCCACAACGUUAGUUUCGAUAUCACAUAUGGCGACGGAGAGUUUCUUCGGGGUCCUGUUGGAUUCGACAGACACGGUAGAGGUUGCUGGGAUGAUGGUCAAGAAUCAGGAGAUUGCGGUGCCGAACUUCGCUGCGUGGAACGGCGAUGGGGUCAACUCUGGGCUCAUUGGCUUGGCUUUCCCUCUGCUGACGAGUGUAUUCAACACCUCGGACCCGACUCAGGCGUCGCGCAAGAAUCAGCUGCCUUACGAUCCAUUCUUCGUCACUGCUUACAAGGAGAAGAAGACUUUUCGAUUGCACUCAACCGCGGCACCUUCGAGCAGCAGCUCAACAACACGUUUGAUGCUGAUAUCGGGUACCUCGCAUUCGGUGGCCUGCCUGCCAAAGUUCCAGUCGAAGAAACCUCGGUGACGGUGCCAAUCCAGGGUAUCUCGACGACGACUGGAGAGGCGUCUGCUGGCACAGGUGCAGCGUAUCUCUGGUAUACCAUCGACGUCGAGUCAUACACGUUCCCAGGGUUCAAGGACCUCGACACGGCCAGCGAUAUGACCAUCCUUGACUCUGGAACGACGCUGAACCUGCUCCCGACGGCGGUCGCGGCGGCGUAUGCGAAUGGAUUCAAGCUAAAGGCGACGUCGGACAAUGAGUUUGGGCUCUACGCUGUGGACUGCUACGCGACCGUUCCAGAGUUCCUCGUCACUGUCGCUGGAGUGGCCUUCACGAUUGAUGCGGGAGACCAAUUGCUGCCGACGAUUAGACAAGAUGGCUCGCUCACUUGCAUCCUCAGGACUCAGGACGGCGGCCAGCCAGGAAAUGGCAGCGUUUUCAUCUUGGGAGACACCUUCCUCCACAAUGUUGUCGCGACAUUCAAUCCCAUCGACGCCGAGGUCACAAUCACUCAACGUAGUACGUAUUAGACUGUUACAAGAGAUGUGCCUCAGUCUGAGGGAAGCCAUGUGGAACGCCAGUGCUACAUAGAGCCAUGAAACGGUUGCGUGCUGAUUUAGGAAUGGCUGAACCUGAAUCAAUAGUUCCGUCGGAAUCCCAAGCUUAAGGCAGCUUAAGGUAAGGCGGUGUGAGGAACCAUCAAAUCCGGGUUAUCCUGGAGUGAUCUCAGGUAGCUCGCAGAGACCAGUGCUUGACUCAUUUUUCAGGGUCCAGGGGAGCCCAUUCCAUCACCAGCCAUCACCCUAGUCGCUCUAAAAGGAAAUAACCCGAAGCCGAGGGUGGUUGCCAUCUCGAAUUGCGUUGGUCUCCCGGCGGCACACUUACCAAGCCAUCUGGUAGAACUCCGACUGACAAACGCUGACCUUAUCUGACGCGCCUCCAAUCUGCCGCUGCCGAGUCUUCUGCAAUCGUCAUCGUCGUGCCGCUAGGGUGCUGGAGGAAAUACAUGGCCUCCUGCGAUCUGCUCUCCCCAACCUGCUUAGGCUACUGCUGCUCAUGUCUUUCUUCGCACCUCCGCCUGCCCCGCCAACCAAACUUGGUCGUUAUCGCACCCUCUCUCCACUCGCCGGCGUGCAUGUGUCUCCACUUCAGCUCGGCGCGAUGAGCAUUGGCGACCAGUGGAACAAGCUCGGGCUCGGAGCAAUGGACAAGACAGACAGCUUCAAGCUCCUCGACGCGUACUUUGACGCUGGCGGGAACUUCAUCGACACUGCGAACAACUACCAGGAUGAGACCUCUGAGAAGUUCAUCGGCGAAUGGGCUGAGCAGCGCGGGAUUCGCGACCAGCUCGUGAUCUCCACCAAGUACACGAUCCCUUUCAAGGCGCGGCAGGACGAGUACGCGCAGAAGGUAACCUACGGCGGCAACAACGUCAAGUCGAUGGUCGUCAGCGUGAACGAGAGUCUGAAGAAGCUGCGCACGUCCUACAUCGACAUCCUCUACUUGCAUAUGUGGGACUGGGACACGGGCGUCGCGGAAGUGAUGAACGGACUGCACAAUCUCGUCGUGCAGGGCAAGGUUCUGUACCUCGGCGUGUCCGACACCCCGGCGUGGAUCGUUUCCCAGGCCAACCAGUACGCCAUCGACCACGGCAAGUCGCCAUUUGUCAUCUACCAAGGCGCCUGGAACGUCAUGGAGCGCUCGUUCGAGCGAGAGAUUAUCCCUAUGGCCCGCGCCCACGGUCUCGCUCUCGCCCCUUGGAACGUUCUCGGCGGCGGCAAGUUCCGCACAGAUGCCGAGGAAGAGGCGCGUCGGGCUUCUGGAGAGAAAGGUCGAAUGUGGGCUGGUGACUGGGAGCGCACAGAUAACGAAAAGAAGAUAUCUCAUGCGCUUGAGAAAGUCGCUAGUGAGGUCGGCACGACGAGCAUCACAGCUGUUGCUAUUGCCUACAUUCUCCAGAAGGUCCCCUACUGCUUCCCGAUUAUCGGUGGGCGCAAGAUUGAGCACCUCAAAGAUAACAUUGAGGCGCUGGAUAUUUCCCUAUCCGCCGAUCAGAUCGCCUUUCUGGAGAGUGUCGUCGCAUUCGAUCCUGGGUUCCCGAGUACAAUGAUUGGAAACGGCUCUGCCACAAAUGGAUUCUUACAGACUUCAGGCCACUUUGACCGUCUCCCUCUUCAGCAAGGGAUCCGCCCCGCAACAUGACAGUUGAGGGUCCUUAUCCAGGGACUUCCCGCGAGAUAACAGAGACCUUGAUAAAGAAGUGGUCGCGGAUCGGGAGCAAUCACAAUCACCAUUGUAAUAUGAAUGAACAA